AUGUCGUCCAAGUCAAAGUCCAAUCCGCUCAACGGGGCACACACUGCCGGCAUCUUCUCCGACCUCAGCGUCGACGGCCCCGUCAUUGGCACCCUCGUGCUGGUCGUCGACCGUGCCAAGAACUUGCCAAACCGCAAGACCAUUGGCAAGCAGGAUCCGUACUGCGCGGCCCGCCUCGGCAAGGAGGCCAAGAAGACCAACACAGAUAUUCGUGGCGGCCAGACCCCGAGAUGGGACCAGGAGCUGCGCUUCACCGUCCACGACUCUCCAGACUACUACCAGCUAAAACUGUCCGUCUUCAGCGACGACAAGAAGACCGAGCUGAUUGGCGAGAACUGGGUCGACCUGCGGGACAUUCUCGUCGCCGGCGGCGGCCAGAGCGACAAGUGGCAGUCUCUCAAUUGCCGUGGCAAGUACGCUGGCGAAAUCCGCAUUGAGAUCACCUACUACGACAGCAGACCCAAGCCCAAGCCAGCUGCCCCAGCUGCCGUCUCUGCACCUACGACGACAGCAGCGUCCAACACGGGGAGUGCCCGGGGACGGCCGACGGCGGAUAACAGCGGACCAAACACAAUGGGCCCGCGGGCGCCCAUUGGCCCCAAACGGCGCCCUCUGCCGUCUGACCCAGUCACUGGCCAGCCGCCAGUCCAGCCGCCAGUCCAGCCACAGCCAGCAGCACAGUCGGCGCCUUCCCCUGGUCCCCCGGCACCAACACCGCAAGCGGCCCCUGCUGCUGCGCCGGCUGCAGUGCCAUCGCCCGGCUUUGUUCAGCAGCAACAACUGCCCCAGCAUAUGCAGACACCACCGCGUCAGAGCUACACACCGAACCAGUCUCCGCUGCCCUCUGCCAACAACUACAGCUACAACAGCAGUGCCAACUCGCCAGCGCCGGUUACACCAGCAGGCCAGUACCAAGACUACCAUGACCGGGAUCCAUACUUGGCGGGAGACGGCACUCGUUACGAAAGCACCCCCCCUGCUGUGCAACAACAGCAGCACCACGGGCACCAAAGCCAGCAAUCCCACCACAGCGUCCACAGCCCCCACAGCCACUCACAUGACAGGUCUCAGUACGGGAGUCGCGACUUCACCCCGGACAAUGCCCACCAGCAUCAGCAGCACCCAUCGUACGACCAACAACAACAAGAUUCUGGCGAGUACCAUUUCGACGGCGCUCCUGCACACUCCAUACCGCUCGCCAUGCCGCCUUCGUUCCAAGACCCCAACUACGCGCAACCGGCCGACGACCGCCCACCGCCGCCGCCAGCUCACCGCAGUAGGAACAACAGCAGCGGAGCGCCGGGUACGGACAGCUCGUUCCGCACCAGCUUCAACUCCUCAACACAAAAAGAUGGCAUGCCCGCCAUGCGUCGUGAAGUGCUGAGGAACGAGGCCCACCGGCACUCCGUCUCCACGGUGGCCUACCCAGGCCGUCCCACAUACCGGCCAGCGGACGCGAGCCCCGUGUCGCCGGGUCCCCUGCCCGACCAGACAUACCAGCCACCGGCUCCGCGCAACCUCUCUCAUAGAGCCUCUUACGACGGACAAUACGGGAGUGAGUUUGACAACACUCACGAGUCAUCUUCUUUCCGUAAGAGCGGCAGCCGGCCCGCCCUUCCUCCAAUUCCGCAGCAGCAACAGCCGGAGCCACCGCACCAAGAGCAAUCCAACUACGAUUAUGGGUCGCAAGGAUUCGAGAAUGCGCCGAGCCCUGCACCUCUGAAUCUGGGCUCGCAUCGAGCCAGCUUUUCGGCGUCUCCGGCUCCUCUUUACUCUUCGUCCGCACAGUCACAGCAUCGCCAGAGCGAUGCAGGCCAGUACGUACACAGAUCGCCGUCUCCCAUGACUCCGCACGAUUACGGUCGGAGAAGCCCAAGCCCGCUUCCCACGCAUCCGGUCUUGUCGUCGUAUGAUUCAUACGAUGGCCAGGACGACCCGUACCAGAGCAAUCACAACGAGCCGGAUGCUACACAUCACAGGGACAAUCCGGACGCAUAUAUGCUUCCUGCUGUCCCUGCGUCUCUUGUUCCUGGUGUACCUUCUUCGCUUGCCCUCGAACUUCGGUCCCGUAUCCAUAGUGAAGACCGCCGUGAGCCGCAGCUUCCGCAGCCGCCCCCGCAACAGCGGCGCUACACAUCUGCCAUGGAUGCGCCUCCACAAGCAACACCUCCCCGUGGCCGCCAAAUGCUCGAAGACCCAUCGCCGGCCAGUCUCGACUACGACUAUAACAAAGGGUCUCAGGUCCAGACGUACAGUACUCCGCAGCGCUCGCAAUUCUCCCAGUCGUACAGCACACCGCCACAGCCCCGGUAUGACCGUAGCCCGGGUCCGUAUUCUUCAGGCGUUCCGUCGCCAGCUGUUGUUGCCAACGCUCAGGGCGCAUCGCCGAAACCGCAACACACCAUCAAGCGCAAGUCGGUCAGCCCGGCACCUCCUGCUGCCUCGCCCGAGGGUGAGCGUCGUUUGUCCGGCAUUCCGUUCGGUCCUGACUCGUACGACUCCCUGAACCCGGCCCUGGCAGCAUCCAAGGACCUGGCCCGGCCGGACUACAAUGAAGCCAACGGCAAGAUUAUCGCACACGACGGCCGCGAGAUCGACCCGUCCGAUCAUCUUCCUGUAGAAUCAUGGGCGCCGGAGCCCGAACCAAAGCCGAGCAAUCCUGCGUCUGCCACAGCUUCCCCGGCCGACUACUCGACGCCGACGUCGGGGAGAAAGCAGCUACGCAUUGCCGGCCGGCCGCAGUCCUCAAUGGGCAGCUCAGGCGUGACAUUCAGCUCAGCCGACGAUCCCGGAACCACAUACACACCGACAGCACGCAACCGUCUCCAGAAGAAGGCCAAUCGCCAAAGUGUCGCCGCGAUUUCGGUGAGUAGCGGCACGUUGUCUUCAGGCUCACCCCAGGGGUCUACUCCGCUCGCACCGCUCACCUAUCCCCGCCAGCAGCAAGACAGUUUCACGCCACCACGGUCACUGGGACGCGCGAGCACGUUCGACUAUCCCAGCGAGAACCACGCACCGUCGACGUAUGGCAGCAGCCCAGGCCGCACUAGCUUUGGAAGCCCGGCGCCGCCUAUUCCGGCCAAGGUCCCCGUCGGUAGCAGCCAGUACAAUGGGGCAUCCCAUACCGGGAGCUUCAGAGGCAACAGCAGCUACGGUUAUGAUGACAGUGGAGACCGAAGCCCGGUGAUGAGCGGCGCUUUGAUGCCCACCGGACCCGCAACCAGAGCGCUGCCGUGGAAUGACAACAGUACAAGUGGCGGCAUGCAUGGCGGCCCUGGGGAGAUGGCUCUUUUGGAGGAGAUGAGUCGAAUCGAUAUUGGGACGGGCCGUGCUCGUCGUCACCAAGGUCGUUGA